AAGUAAUUAAUCACCUUUUGAAACCCCAAGGGGGUAAAUUGUGAUUUGAUGUUCUUUGGGGUGACUAAAGGACAAGAAAAAUGGAUGAUUUCAUCUCCAUUAGUCUUCUGUCGCUGGCCAUGCUGGUGGGAUGUUACGUGGCUGGAAUCAUCCCCUUGGCUGUUAAUUUCUCCGAGGAGCGACUAAAGCUGAUAACUGUUUUGGGUGCCGGACUUCUUUGUGGAACUGCAUUAGCUGUCAUUGUACCUGAAGGAGUACAUGCACUUUAUGAAGAUAUUCUGGAGGAUCUUCUUGAAAUUUCACUACAUUUAGGAAAGCACCAUCAGGCCAGUGAGGCACAGAAUGCAAUUGCAUCAGACAAAGCAGUAGAAAAACCACUUGUACAUGAACAUGAGCACAGCCAUGAUCACACAAGACUACAUGCAUAUAUUGGCGUUUCCCUUGUCUUAGGCUUUGUUUUCAUGCUGCUGGUGGACCAGAUUGGCAACUCCCAUGUGCACUCUACAGAAGAUCCAGAAGGAGCACGAACCAACAAUUCCAAAAUCACUACCACGUUGGGCCUUGUAGUUCAUGCUGCAGCGGAUGGGGUUGCUUUGGGAGCAGCAGCUUCUACUUCACAAACUAGUGUCCAGCUAAUUGUAUUUGUGGCAAUAAUGCUACAUAAGGCACCAGCUGCCUUUGGCCUGGUUUCCUUCUUAAUGCAUGCUGGACUGGAACGGAACCGAAUCAGAAAGCAUUUAUUGGUCUUUGCACUGGCAGCACCCGUUAUGGCCAUGGUAACCUACUUAGGGCUAAGUAAGAGCAGCAAAGAAGCCCUUUCAGAGGUUAAUGCCACUGGAGUGGCCAUGCUUUUCUCUGCUGGGACAUUUCUGUAUGUUGCUACAGUGCAUGUCCUCCCUGAGGUAGGAGGUUUGGGUCACAGUCACAAGCCUGACUCCGCUGGAGGAAAAGGACUCAGCCGCCUGGAGGUGGCUGCUCUGGUUUGGGGUUGCCUCAUCCCACUCAUUUUGUCAAUUGGACACCAGCAUUAAAUGUUCUGGUUCCAGCCUCUGUCCUUGGUCUUUCAGAAGUCUGAUGUGUGGAUAGCACAUUACAACUGCUCAGUUCCUCAGUCUCUUUGUCUUACCUUGCCUAGCUCCACCAAUAUUUCAGAAGCCCAUUGAGGAUUGUGAUGUAAAGCUCAGAGUACUAGAAAGUUUUUUUAGCA